GCGCCGCCCGUGGGCGGAAGCGCGGGCGGGCUGUAAGGACGGCGCCGUCCCCUCAGAGGGGCGCUGGCGCGCGGGCCGAGGCUCCUGGGCCGGGACGGGACGCAGUCGCUGCGCGGCUGGGCGGCUGGCGAUGAGCGACUCCCGGGCCCCGGGCCCCGAGGCCGGCGCCACCCGGGCCGAGCCGACCGGAGCGGCGCUGAGCGUGGACGUGACGGGGCUGCUGGCGCAGCUGGCGCGCAGCUUCGCGCUGCUGCUGCCGGUGUACGCGCUCGGCUACCUGGGCCUGAGCUUCAGCUGGGUGCUGCUGGCCCUCGCGCUGCUCGCGUGGUGCCGGCGGAGCCGCGGCCUCAAGGCCACCCGCCUGUGCCGCGCGCUGGCGCUGCUGGAGGACGAGGAGCGCGCCGUGCGCCUGGGGGUGCGCGCCUGCGACCUGCCGGCCUGGGUCCAUUUUCCAGACACUGAAAGAGCAGAAUGGCUAAAUAAGACUGUAAAACAUAUGUGGCCUUUCAUUUGCCAAUUUAUAGAGAAGUUGUUUCGAGAAACCAUAGAGCCAGCUGUGCGGGGAGCAAACACCCACCUCAGUACCUUUAGCUUCACAAAAGUCGACAUGGGUCAGCAGCCCCUCAGGAUCAAUGGUGUUAAGGUGUAUACUGAAAAUGUGGACAAAAGGCAAAUCAUUUUGGACCUUCAGAUUAGUUUUGUAGGAAAUUGUGAGAUUGAUUUGGAGAUCAAGCGAUAUUUUUGUAGAGCCGGUGUGCAGAGUAUACAGAUUCAUGGUACGAUGCGGGUGAUCCUGGAACCGCUGAUCGGAGACAUGCCCCUAGUGGGAGCCCUGUCUAUCUUCUUCCUCAGGAAGCCGCUUUUAGAAAUUAACUGGACAGGACUGACUAAUCUUCUCGAUAUCCCUGGAUUAAACGGCUUAUCAGAUACUAUCAUUUUGGAUAUAAUUUCAAACCACCUGGUGCUUCCCAAUCGAGUCACUGUUCCUCUGGUCAGCGAAGUCCAAAUAGCCCAGCUGCGGUUCCCGAUACCAAAGGGUGUCCUGCGGAUACACUUCAUUGAAGCUCAGGAUCUUCAGGGCAAGGACACUUAUCUGAAGGGGAUUUUCAAGGGAAAGUCAGACCCCUAUGGAGUUAUUCGAGUUGGCAACCAGAUCUUCCAAAGCAAGGUCAUCAAAGAGAACCUUAGUCCAAAGUGGAACGAGGUAUACGAGGCCUUAGUCUACGAGCACCCUGGACAGGAACUAGAGAUCGAGCUCUUUGAUGAAGACCCGGACAAGGAUGACUUUCUGGGCAGUCUUAUGAUUGAUCUGACCGAAGUUGAGAAGGAACGCCUGUUAGAUGAAUGGUUCGCCCUGGACGAGGUUUGCAAAGGGAAGCUGCACUUGAAGCUGGAGUGGCUCACGCUCAUGCCAGACGCCUCCGCCCUGGACAAGGUGCUGACAGACAUCAGAGCCGACAAAGGCCCAGCCAACGACGGUCUUUCCUCUUCCUUGCUGAUCUUGUAUUUGGAUUCAGCGAGGAACCUUCCAAGUAUCUACGAGGGAAACUUUGGGUGUGGCUACUUAAAAGAGAGGCGAGCGUCCGGACUAGUGUUUUGUGAAAAUACUGCCUCAGUCUAUAGAGCACUAUUUAGUAAUCCAUUAGAGUUUAACCCUGACGUCUUGAAGAAGUCUGCAGUUCAGAAAGCUUUAAAGUCGGGGAAGAAACUAAACAGCAACCCAAACCCUCUUGUGCAGAUGUCGGUUGGUCACAAGGCCCAGGAGAGCAAGAUUCGGUAUAAAACCAAUGAACCUGUGUGGGAGGAACACUUCACUUUCUUCAUUCACAACCCCAAGCGCCAGGACCUUGAAGUCGAGGUCAAAGAUGAACAGCAUCAGUGUUCCCUGGGGAAUCUGAGGAUCCCUCUCAGCCAGCUGCUCACCAGCGAUGACAUGACCAUGAACCAGCGAUUCCAGCUCAGUAAUUCCGGCCCAAACAGCACUCUGAAGAUGAAGAUUGCCCUCCGGGUACUCCACCUGGAAAAGCAGGAGCAGUCUCCAGACCACCAGCACUCGGCUCAAGUAAAGCGACCCUCUAUUUCCAAAGAAGGGAGAAAAAUAUCUGUCAGAUCUCAGAGGACUGCAUCGCCUGUUGCUGGUAACAGCAACACAGCCCCGUCCACACCAGUCAUAGGGGGCAGCGAUAAGCCUGGCACAGAGGAGAGAGCUCAGCCUGUGGAGGCCAGCCCUCAGGGGCCGCGAGACCUGGGCAGAAGUGCCUCCAGCCUCCAGGUGGGCGCCGCCCUCUCCCCCAGCCACGUGUUUGUCAAGGAGCCCACCCCCAGCAUUGCCUCGGACAUAUCACUGCCCAUCGCCACACAGGAGCUCCGGCAGAGGCUGCGGCAGCUCGAGAAUGGGACGACGCUGGGACAGUCCCCGCUAGGGCAGAUCCAGCUGACGGUCCGGCACAGCUCGCAGAGAAACAAGCUGGUGGUCGUCGUGCACGCCUGCAGAAAUCUCAUUGCCUUCUCUGAAGAUGGCUCCGACCCCUACGUCCGCAUGUACUUGUUACCAGAUAAGAGGAGGUCAGGAAGGAGAAAAACGCACGUGUCCAAGAAAACGCUGAACCCCGUGUUUGAUCAGAGCUUUGAUUUUAGCGUUUCACUACCAGAGGUGCAGAGGAGAACACUGGACGUCGCUGUGAAGAACAGUGGUGGCUUCCUGUCCAAAGACAAAGGGCUUCUCGGCAAAGUGCUGGUAGGUCUGGCCUCCGAAGAGCUCGCCAAAGGCUGGACGCAGUGGUAUGACCUCACAGAAGACGGGACGAGGCCGCACAUGGUGACAUAGGCGCAGGGGGUGCAAGGAGCCCUGCUUGGCACCUGCCCAGCCCGCGUGCUGGAAUGCACCCUGCCACGGACACACCGAUGCUAUUUUUCUACUUUUCAUGUACUUGGUUAUAUAUACCUUCCUAGUUUUAUAAAACAUGACAUUUUAGGCAUAUUUGGCCAAUAUUAUUGUUAACUUUUGUAUGUUUGAUCUCCUCUCGUACUUCACCAUGACUAGAGUGUACGGUAGGACAGCAGUGGUUGUUGUGUUUUGUUCAUCUGUAUGUCAGUUGCUUCUGCUGGGAUGCAGAUUCGUGUAUAUGCUUUAUCAUUGCCUUGCUCUGUAUAGCACUGGGGCUCACUAUGCCAUGUAAAUAGACUCUAUUUUUUAUAAUCUCUACACGCUGGUUUGAAAUCAGAAGAAAAUGGAUUAAGGAAAUAUAUAUAUUUUUUUCUUCUAAAACUUAUUAAAUUCUUAUGACAAAUAAUCAGUCUUGUCUUUGCAGGAAAAAGUUUUCAGUGACUUAUUUUGUGCUUUCUUUUUAAAAAGAAAAGGUAAAAGAUUAUCAAACAUAAGUAUAUUUGUGCCCAUUACCAAUGAAAGAAAGUACUCAAAAUUUAACAGUUUCAUAAAGAUGUAUUAUUGAGAAGUCGGUUGAAGUGCUUCUAAGGAAAAGUGUUAUAUAGCUGAGUAGCAUAAAAUAUUAGAGGAAUUGUCACGGUUCAUAAAUUAUACUAAUCUGAAAUCUCUCAUGUAAAACAAAAUGUCUUAAGUUUAUUUUUAAUUGCUUGUUAUAACUUAUUCAUGAAAUAGUGCACAGAAACCCAACUACACUUUCCCUAAAAUAUAAUACAGACAGAUUUUCGAUGUUAGCAGUUAGGCUAUUGUGAAAUAAUCCAUCGUGAGCUUGUUAACUUCCCGUGUUUUCUCAGCCUGUAAAGAAAGACAAGCUCACGCCGUCACCAUAAAAGACUGUGAGAUAAAUCGGGUGUCAGGACGCUGGGUUAAAUACUGAGAGCUGGUUCCUGCAUUCGUCAGCGUGGCAUCUCACGCGAGAUCAGUCACCUAAGCUGGUGCUGGGGGUCGCUCUGCUCUCGACGCACAGGCCGCCACGGGGCCCCCCUGGCAUUGGCACAGUGGGUGUUGGCUGCAAACCACCCUUUCCUGGGUGUCCUUACGUCACGCCACGACUGGCCUCACUAUUGGACUAUUGUUACACACUUUUUAUUCUGGAAUAUAUUUUUCUCCUUAGAUUAUUAAAAGGAUGUUUUACAUACUUCAGAGUGUCAAAUGGCGGUGCCGUGAGCUGUGCGUGCCAUAAAUGAAGGAUGCAGGCGGUGUUACAUGUUUUAAGCUGGACGAUGCAAAUGACUUCCUUAGCCAUAAGAACAUUCUCAAGUCAUUGGGGAAAUAGCGCUAUGUGGCGGCGAUGGGCGAUCAUGUCAGAAAGUGCUGCAUGGGCUUCGACUGCUCGCAUGACCGCCCACACGUGCCCAGGUGCCUGCGGGGACGCCCACCGCGCCUUCUGCGCACUCCUGUUCCCAGCGGAUUGUCAUCUUGUUUCGUUCACUUUGAACCCUGGGUUUCUUUACAGUGGAGCCUGCAGCUUCGCAGCACGUUGCGUGUCAUCAGAAAGACUUGUCUGCGUUCACUGUGUCCUAUGUAACAUGCAGGAGGAUACUUACGGCUGCGUUGGCGCACACGUGGAUGUGUGUGCACAGAGCACUUGACGGGCCAUUUCAGUAGCAUGAGAAAGACAGGUACCUGUCCAUGGUAGCAGAUGGAUUGAAGAUAUAUUAAAAAUUAGGUCUGUUAAAGGGCUUAUGGCAUAAUCUGUCACUAAGAAGAAACACUCAUUGCAAUUUGGCAUACAGUAAUUUUUACCAACAUCUUACAUUUUUGGCUUUUGCAACCAUGUGCUUCACCUUUUCAAGUGUAUUUUAAUUGAUGGGAUGCUGCCUUCCAGCAGUUAGGUAAAGUGAAUACAAUGAGAGGUACAAAGCCUGUUAGCUGCAGGUUCCCAGGCCCCUGGCAGAGGGAAGGAAAGAAAGGAAGGGCUUGGUUCCUUCCAAGGGCUUGAGAACACCUCCAGGCGAGAUCCUGUCCGCUGAUCGCCGUUCUGAGGGCAGCUCUCAUUCUGUGGGAGAGAGGGUGAGAAUUCCCCUGCCCGCACGGCGGUCGGUGGAGCACCCUGUGAGUUCUCAGUGCUGGGUUCCAGUUCCGUCCUAAGGACCGAUUCAUCCAGGGAAAGGGAACUGUAACUACCCCACACUGAGCCAAACCAGGGGAGGGAAAUUCACGGGAAUGAAUUUGAAGUCUCUUAGUUUGCACAUGUGGGUGGCUUGUCCUGUGCCUUAAAAUACAAAGUGUAAAUAAAAGUUUCAAAUGAAAACAAAAGAAGCCUAGUGGUUGUAUUUACCACAAGUCAUGUUCUGUAUGAGGGGCGUUCUUUUCACAGAUUCUCUGCAUCAAGGGCGCAGCCCUUCUUUUGCCAGAACCUAAGCCAGAUGCAAACCUGUGCUUUGAAACUGUGCUUGUUUUUCACAUUGACUCCAAUUCUAUUAAUAGCUGGACCGCCCACUGCUAAUGGGAAACCGCAGAGAGUUUCUAUUGUAGGACGCCCUUUUUGUUCAGCUAAUUUUACAUGACAGUGCAUGUAUUUAUUCAAUAAACUUUUAUGUUAGCUCA